AUGGCGUCCGCGGCCGCCCCGCCAACCUCCCUCUCCCUCGCGGCCCGCGCGGCCACCAGGGCGGCCACCGCCGCCCCGCUGCUCAGGGGAAGCCUCGCCGCGGCGUGCCAGCCGGCGCGGUCGCUGGCGUUCGCGGCGGGCGACGCGCGGCUCGCGGUCCACGUCGCGUCGCGGUGCCGCCAGGCGUCCUCCGCGCGCGGCACGCGGGCCAUGGCCACCAUGGCGAAGAAGAGCGUCGGGGACCUCACGGAGGCCGACCUCGAGGGGAAGCGCGUCUUCGUGCGCGCCGACCUCAACGUGCCGCUCGACGAGAACCAGAACAUCACCGACGACACCCGCAUCCGGGCCGCCGUCCCCACCAUCCAGUACCUCCUCAGCAAGGGCGCCAAGGUCAUCCUCUCAAGCCACCUGGGUCGCCCUAAGGGUUUUACACCCAAGUUUAGCUUAGGUCCCAUUGUAGGACGGUUGACUGAGCUUCUUGGCAUUCAGGUGCAAAAAGCCGAUGAUGUUAUUGGCCCUGAAGUUGAGAAGCUGGUGGCCGCCUUGCCCAAUGGUGGGGUUUUGCUCCUUGAGAACGUAAGAUUCUACAAGGAAGAGGAGAAAAAUGACCCAGAGUUUGCACAGAAGCUUGCCUCCCUAGCAGAUCUUUAUGUCAAUGAUGCAUUUGGAACAGCCCACAGGGCACAUGCAUCGACUGAGGGAGUUACUAAGUAUUUGAAGCCUUCUGUUGCAGGGUUCCUUUUGCAGAAGGAACUUGACUACCUUGUCGGAGCUGUUUCAAGCCCUAAACGCCCAUUUGCUGCCAUCGUGGGUGGUUCAAAGGUGUCAUCCAAGAUCGGGGUUAUUGAAUCCCUGUUGGAAAAGUGUGAUAUCCUUCUCUUGGGUGGUGGUAUGAUCUUCACAUUUUACAAGGCACAAGGUCUCUCUGUUGGUGCUUCAUUGGUUGAGGAAGACAAACUUGAUCUUGCAACAUCUCUCCUCGCAAAGGCUAAGGAAAAGGGUGUCUCUCUUUUGUUGCCAACCGAUGUUGUCAUUGCUGAUAAGUUUGCCCCUGAUGCUAACAGCCAGACUGUUCCAGCAUCUGCAAUCCCCGAUGGUUGGAUGGGGCUGGAUAUUGGCCCAGAUGCUGUUACUUCAUUCAACGCAGCCCUGGAUACAUGCCAGACGAUCAUCUGGAACGGGCCCAUGGGUGUUUUCGAAUUUGACAAGUUUGCUGUAGGAACUGAGGCUGUGGCAAAGAAGUUGGCAGAACUUAGCGCCAAGGGUGUCACAACUAUCAUUGGAGGUGGAGACUCUGUCGCCGCCGUUGAGAAGGUGGGAGUUGCUGACGUUAUGAGCCACAUUUCCACGGGAGGUGGUGCCAGCUUGGAAUUGUUGGAAGGAAAGGAGCUUCCAGGAGUUGUCGCAUUGGAUGAAGCCGUCCCUGUGGCUGUAUGA